UUCAUUCAUACUCAUAGCUCAUCAUGGUAUUUUUCUUUGACGUAUAAUAAUAUACUUAUGUUUUGUCACAAAUUCAAUAAUUUUAUUAUUUUAUAACACACUGAAAUGUCCCGUGAUCCCAGAAAAGAUUAUUAUAGGGACCGUGAUCGUGAUAGAGAUCGUGACUGGGGCCGUUCAGACUACAGGAGAGGGCCGCCAAAAAAACGUUCUAGGUCUAGAAGUAGGAGCCCCAACAGAGACCGCAUUUCCGUCAAACAACGCAGCCGCUCUCCAAGGAAGAACGACAAAGAAAUCACGGAUAUUCUGAUUGAAAUAUCGAAACUACCAGAGCCAAGUGAAUUGUGGGAUAACAAUCAGUUCCAAGAUACCGGUUUCGCUGGGCCUCCACAGCCGUCGUAUCAGGCCAUUCCGCCAGAGGGAGUUCCAAACUCAUCAUAUGGAUCAAACUUCCAACCACCAUACUCGGGCAUCUACGAUGACUUCCCACCUGUAGCCUCGGUCCCACAAACUUCACAUCUACCAGACAUGGCAGCGUGGAAUCAGAUGUCUUUGCCCCCUCCACCACAAACACCCAUGCAGCCACCUGUGGUCUUCAAUGUUGAAGAUCAGAUUAAGAAAGAAGCUGCAAUAGAGUCAGAAAUGCGUCACCAGAAAGCAGCACUGUCCAAACAGCGCGAAGACUACAUAAAGAAGACGUCUAUACUCAAAAAAGAAUUAGAUACACUGAAAGAGCAGAGGAACGAAUUGCACGGCGACUCGAAGAGAUCGCCCAGCCCGGACACGAAGAGGUUUCUUAAGGAGAACACAAAGUUACAGUUGGAGAUCCAGAACAAGCUGAAGACCAUCAGCAAUGUGGUUGACAUGCUCAACGGUAUCAUCGGCGAGGAAGCGCGCGAAAUACCCGAAUCGGAUGAUUGUGAACGUGCGUCCAAACGCAAGUCCAGGUCUCCAAGCAACCCGAAAUUCAACUAUGUGUACUACGACCCAGAGAUGCAUUGGUGCCGGGUAUGCAAUGAGUUUCCGCCAACUGCAAAAGAUUACCUGAAUCAUUUGCAUUCACCAUCCCAUCAUAAAAUGGCUGCUGCACAUAUGGAGGCUCCGUGGCAUACUGUGACUGGAGUCAACGAGGGCUUCCCCAGCUUUCCCUCGGCGCCCACCAAGCGCACACCCAUCAGAGGUUUACAAUUCUUCGUGCCGUCGACGGCAUGGUACUGCAAACUGUGCGAUCAAUUCAUUGGUGAUCUGCACUGUGCAUCCGCGCAUCUCAAAUCAAUUGUACAUUCCAAGAACUAUAUUAAUUUCGUAGAACAGAAUCCACACUGGGAAACAGAUUGGAUGUCGGAUCGUCAGAAGGCUUUUGAAAAAUCUAGAGCAUCGAAAUCCAAAACCGAAGAGAAACCCCAGUACACCGCUCAUACGAUCACAUUCAGCAAAGAUGGCUUCCAAACGAAACGUAAAGAAACGCCCACUCCACCGUCAGAAGAGAAAAAGAAGAAAAAGGAUAAGAAAAAGAAGAGUAAGAAGAAGAAAAGUAGCAGCAGCAGCUCGUCGAGUAACAGCAGUAGUUCGGACAGCGAGCCAGUCAAGAAAAAGAAGUCGAAAUCAAAAAGUGAGAAAAUCGAACCAAAUGACAAGAGACUGACGGAGUGGAUGUCGUCCAUACAGAUGGAUAUGUUGAACGACAGCGACAGAGAGCUACUGCACACGUUGAAGAGCAAAAUUAAAACGGAAAAGCACGAUGACAAACGUCGUUCGCCGGACCGACACGAGAAAGAGCGCUACAUUUCGGACAACCAGCGCAAAAAUAGAGAAUCGGAGAGACGCGAAUCUCGCUCCCGGGACGAUCGGGACCGACGCGGGGAAUCCCGGAGGAGAGAUGACCGGCGUGAUGACAGGAGAGACGACAGAAGAGAUGACAGGAGAGAAGAAAGAAGAGACGACAGGAGAGAAGAAAGGAGAGACGACCGGAGGGCAGACUCUCAUGGCCGAAACACACCGCCGCGUGACAUCAAGAAACCGGAGAUUAAGAAGAUGCCGUUCAUUGGUAAAAUGCCAGUAUAUAAACACUUAGGCAAGAAUUCAAAAUUGGAGGACCAAAAAAAGGAAGAACAGAAGAAGAAGGAGGAGGAAGAAGGAAAUGAUAAGAAGCGACGCGAGGAGAUGGAUGCUGAAAUACAGAAAAAGGUGGCAGAGUUCAAGGAGAAGAUAGCGAAGGCGCAGCUGGAGCGCGAGCAGCAGCAGGCCGCCAGCGAGCUGCCGCCGCCCGCGCUGGCGCUGCCCACGCACCUCGGGGGCCUGCUGCCGCCCGCCGCCUACGUCGCGCCGCCUCCGCCCGCCCCCGCACCGCCGCCAGCACCACCGCCGCCCCAAUCUAACUUGCAACCGAACCUGCCGAAAGACUUUCAAGAUGCCCUCGACAUUAUAUUUCCUUCGGAAGUGAAGCCGGAUAUGAAUCAACCGGAUCUGUUUGCGAUGUCAGGUCUCGGAUUCCCCCUUGGGAUGCCGCCUUUCCCUGGCCUGGGAAUACUGGGCCAAGCACCGAUGCCUCCAAUGUUCGGAUUCGACCUCAACGCCCCAAUAUUCCCUCCCCGACCUCAGCUGUACGACACACAUGUGCCUCUAGUACCUAACCAGAAGCCAAGAAAUAAAAACUUCAAGAAACACGAUGCGAAGCAGCAUAACAAGCAAGUGAAUAAGCAAGCAAACAAUCAGCCAAAGACUCCAAUGGUGAAGAAAGAGAAUGAGAAUGGAGAAGUUGCAAGGAAGAAGGAAGAGUUAGACGACUUGGCAAUGCUGGGGAUUGACGCGUCUGAUGUAGGAGCCGGUAUAUAAUGAAGUCUGAAGUUAGACCUGAAAUUGAAACGUACACUAAGAAUUAAUUGAAUAAUAAAUAGUAUUAUUAUGUUUUUGGUAUGUUUUCAUGAUACUGAUUGUUACAUUGUGUAUGUAUUUGUAUAAGAAUAAUGGAAGGGCCAAAAAAGGUUACACACUAAAAUAUAAAAAUUGUUGAUUUUUGGCGAUUAAUAGUAAAAUGAGGAGAUGUGAACACGCAGUAAGUUUGAAAAAACGUGAUCUAGUUUUGACUUUGACUCAUCAUCAUCUACUCCAUCUUUAUCCCAAUUAUGUGGGGUCGGCAUCACGCUGACUUUGUUUAGUUUUAGUAAUGAUUGAUGCGGUAUGAAAGUAAUGCUGACGGUGCAUUAUUUUAAUGCUGUUAGCCGCAGCUGGUCUUUACAGCUUCACCGGACGAUAGGGUUUUGUUUAUAUAUUUCUAUUUUUAAGAAACAUUUCGUUUGAAAAUCGUCGUAAUUUGUAUCUUGUUUUAAUUCAUGGUUCAAAAGCAGGUUUAUCUGAUUUUUAAUUUUAUUUGGUGUGAUCGUAUGAAGGUGCUUUAUGCGAAUUAUGCAAAAGAAUAUUUAUAAACAGCCGAAUUUAUUAGGUUUCUCGAGCCUGUGACUAUAAUAUUAAUAUGCUGAUAGUAUAAAUUACGUUUUGCACGCUAAUUGCACUAAAUGACUAUAUAAAUCAACAUAACGAAUUGUAAAAAAAAUCAGACACCUACAAUAAAAAUGACACCAGUAAAAGAAUACCUAAUAUUAAUUAAGCUAUGUUGACUAAGUAUAUAUAAUAAAAAAAUGUUAAAUGAAUCAUUAAUUGUGUACAAUGACUUGUAGUACGAAUUCAGAUGGUUGAUUUCAAACAAAUUCCGUUUGAUAAUCAAAGUAUUUAAAGGAAAAUUGUGUUCUUAAACACAUUGUCGUUAGAGCUACUGACUGAGUUUGUUUACCAUUUAUAACUAUUAUGUGA